UUAUACACUUCAACUCAUAAAAGAGACCAAAACAGAGACAAAAAAAAAAAAACACAUUUUAUCAACAAAAACAAACAUCAUCACGAGAAAGAAGAACUGAAGAAGAAGGACGAAACAAAAAGAAGCAGCUCUCGUGAUCUUCCCCACAUCUUGAAAGACAUUUCAAAAUUUACUAUCAAGCACAAGAAAAAUAAAAAAAAAAAGAAGAAUGAGAAUUGGAUCUAAGUUUCUGAUUUCAGAUUCGUGAUUUGUUUUUUCGUUUUUUUUUAUGAGAUUUCUUAUGUGUCGGAGAGAUCAUUGGAGCUAUAUAUAGAUUGGAUUUGAUUCUUGGAAAGAAAUGGUGCGUUUAAAGCGACGGCAAGAGAUUAUAGAUCAUGAAGAAGAAGAGGAAUCAAACGAAGACAUAUCAUCAUCAAGAAGAGGUAGUAAACUGAGCUUAGCCGAGACGUUUCGGUGGCUUGAUUCAUCAGAGCAUCGCAAGAUUGAAACCGAUGGUCAUAAUGAUUACAAAUACAUCAUUCAUCCCAAAAAUAGGUCGUACAAGGCAUGGGAAACGUUUAUAUUGGUGUGGGCAAUAUACUCCUCUUUGUUCACUCCCAUGGAGUUUGGUUUCUUCCGCGGUCUGCCUGAGAGACUCUUUAUACUUGAUAUCGUUGGUCAGAUUGCGUUCUUGGUCGAUAUUGUUCUUCAGUUUUUUGUUGCCUACCGCGAUACCCAGACCUACCGGACGGUCUACAAACCAACACGUAUUGCUCUCCGGUACCUCAAGUCGCAUUUUCUUAUGGAUUUCAUUAGUUGCUUCCCUUGGGAUCUUAUCUAUAAGGCAUCAGGGAAACACGAGUUAGUGAGGUACAUGUUGUGGAUAAGGCUGUUUCGGGUGCGCAGAGUGGUUGAGUUUUUCCAAAGGCUUGAGAAAGACACAAGAAUCAACUAUCUCUUCACCAGAAUCUUAAAGCUAUUGUUCGUUGAAGUGUACUGUACUCACACUGCUGCUUGCAUCUUCUAUUACUUGGCCACCACUCUUCCUCCAGAGAACGAAGGUUACACUUGGAUCGGUAGCCUAAAGCUAGGAGACUAUAGCUACGAGAAUUUCCGAGAAAUCGAUCUGUGGAAACGUUAUACCACAGCUCUGUACUUCGCCAUUGUCACUAUGGCUACUGUCGGUUAUGGAGACAUACACGCAGUGAACCUAAGGGAAAUGAUAUUCGUUAUGAUAUAUGUUUCAUUUGAUAUGGUUCUCGGUGCGUACCUCAUUGGUAACAUCACUGCUUUAAUUGUGAAAGGAUCAAACACAGAGAGAUUCAGAGAUAAAAUGAAUGAUCUCAUCAGUUUCAUGAACCGCAAAAAACUUGGGAGAGAACUUCGUAGCCAAAUAACCGGCCACGUGAGAUUGCAGUACGACAGUUACUACACCGACACUGUCAUGCUUCAGGACAUCCCAGCCGCUAUCCGCGCCAAGAUUGCUCAACGAUUGUACCUGCCUUACAUCAAAAAGGUCCCACUUUUCAACGGCUGCUCCACGGAGUUUAUUAAUCAGAUAGUUAUAAGGCUACAUGAAGAGUAUUUUCUUCCAGGAGAAGUAAUAACAGAGCAAGGAAACGUUGUUGAUCAUUUGUAUUUCGUCUGUGAAGGCUUACUGGAGGCUCUAGUUACGAAACCAGAUGGAUCUGAACAGAGUGUGACGUUUCUUGGGCCUCACGCAUCAUUUGGAGAUAUCUCAAUCAUUUGCAACAUCUCUCAACCUUUCACUGUUAGGGUUUGCGAGCUAUGUCAUCUUUUACGCCUCGACAAACAGUCAUUCUCAAACAUCCUAGAUAUUUAUUUUCACGAUGGACGCAAAAUCUUGAACAAUCUUAUGGAGGAUAAUGAUUCAAACGAGAGGAUAAAGAUGCUAGAAUCUGACAUUGUGAUUCACAUUGGGAAACAAGAAGCAGAACUUGCAUUGAAACUAAACAGUGCAGCUUUCCAAGGAGAUUUCUACCAGCUUAAGAGCUUAAUCCGAUCUGGAGCCGAUCCUAACAAAACAGAUUACGAUGGAAGAUCACCGCUUGUACGUUUUUUUUUUGCUUACCUUUCAAUCUUUCUUCGAUGGUACGAAAGAUUCUUUCUUUUAACCUACCGUAAGUUCCUUCUUCAUGUUCAGCAUCUUGCAGCAUGUAGAGGCUAUGAAGACAUUACAUCGUUUCUUAUUCAAGAAGGUGUUGACAUCAAUCUAAAAGAUAAGUUUGGGAACACGGCAUUGUUCGAGGCUGUGAAAGCAGGACAAGACGGAGUGGUUGGUUUACUUGUCAGAGAAGGAGCCUCUUUUGAUAUAGAAGAUUCCGGAAACUUCCUUUGCACGACAGUUGCGAAAGGCGACUCUGAUUUUCUCAAGAGAUUGCUCUUAAGUGGUAUGAACCCAAACACUGAAGAUUAUGAUCACAGAACACCACUUCAUGUCGCUGCUUCUGAAGGGUUAUACUUGAUGGCUAAAAUGCUAGUUGAAGCUGGAGCUAGCAUUAGCUCUAAAGACCGGUGGGGAAACUCUCCGCUUGAUGAAGCUCGAAUGUGUGGAAACAAGAAACUGAUCAAGUUACUUGAAGAUGGGAAUGUAACCGCUGAGUCGUCAAGCUCUCAUGAACGUCAACAGGAGAGAAUCGAAAGACGAAAAUGCACGGUGUUUCCGUUCCAUCCGCACGAGGCGAAAGAAGAGCCAAGUAGAAAGCAUGGAGUCAUGCUUUGGAUCCCUAGCGAUCUACAUAAACUCGUAGUAACGGCUGCGCAAGAGCUCGGGCUAUCCGAUGAAGCCUCAUUUGUUAUAUUAUCAGAAGACGAAGGUCGUAUCACGGAUAUUGAUAUGAUAAGUAAUGGACAGAAAUUGUAUCUGAUCAGUAAUACUACUGAUUAAACAUAAUGAUCUAGUCUUCCAUUUUUCCGAUCAUUACCACAAAGAGUCAUUUUGGGUUUUCAUUGUUAUUAAAUCUUAUAGAGUGCAUUACAAAGAAGAA